ACAACGCCUGGGUAACCUUAGCGACAAAUGAUUCGUAUGCUUUGGGUGCACAAGUUUUAGGACAUUCGUUGAAAAAAGUCAACACUAAACAUAAAUUGGCCGUGUUAGUUACACCUAGUGUAACGGAUUGCAUGAAAGAAAAGCUUUCGAAAAUAUUCGAUUUGGUGCAAACUGUGGAUGUGCUCGACUCUAAGGACGCUGCGAAUUUGGCUUUGUUAGCUAGACCCGAGCUUGGUAUUACAUUCACAAAAUUGCACUGUUGGACACUCGUUCAAUUCAAGAAAUGUGUAUUUUUGGAUGCCGAUACACUGGUAAUCCAAAACAGUGAUGAGUUGUUCGAUCGCGACGAAUUUUCAGCUGCUCCUGAUGUAGGAUGGCCCGACUGUUUCAACUCCGGUGUCUUUGUUUUUAAACCUUCCAUCGAAACUUUCAAUGCGUUAUUAAAACUUUCUACGGAACAGGGCAGUUUUGAUGGUGGAGACCAAGGACUUCUGAAUACUUAUUUUUCAAAUUGGAGUUUGCAAGAUAGCAGUAAACGACUUCCGUUUAUCUAUAACUUGUGUUCAAUCGCUUGCUAUUCAUACUUGCCCGCUUUCAAACAGUAUGGACAACACGUCAGAAUUUUCCACUUCAUUGGUAACAAUAAACCCUGGUUGCAACAUUUUGAUACGGUUUCUUGUCAAGUCCAAACUCCAGCUUCUGAACCACAUUUAGGAGUGUUCUUACAAUUCUGGUGGAAUAUUUUCUUUGAAUUAGUGCAUCCAACACUCGCGCAAAACAUGGGAGGCUUAGCCGCGGUCUACUCCCAAUUGAAGUUGGGCGUCGCACAAACGGAUGAGCAGGUGGCCCUUGAAGAAAAACUCCGAAAAGAAGCAUGGGAAGCCGGCCACGUUGAUUACAUGGGUCGCGACUCAUUCGAUAAUAUUUUACAAAAAAUUUCUGAAACCCUUUCUUUAGGUAAGCCUGACAAAAAAGAUGUACCGCCGCAAGAUCCAAAAGACGUUACAUCUUCAGAGAAGCCAAAAGUGGAAGAAGUAAAGCCAGAAUCAGUACUCACUGAACAUUCUAAACAAGAUGCCUCCAAACCUGAUGGAGCUGAAGCGAAACCGGAUCUAGAGGAGAAAUACUGUGAAAUAAAACUUGCACAACCAGAAAUUCCAACUUCAUCUCAGACCAGCGAACUAGGUCCAGCAGUGCUUGUGGAAAAGACUCCAGAAAUCGGGCCAGCCGUGUUGGUCAAGAAGGGUAAGGCUGAAACAGAGAAAACUCUCGAGUUGGGUCCUGGUACAAUCUCGACGGUUGCCAUUUGUCCUAAUUUAACAGUCGCUGAAAUUUACAAUGCCCCUUUAUUAGCAGCGAGCGAACCAGCAAAACCAAAUGUUCAAGCUGAUGUCGCUCCAGUCGAUUCCAACAAGCCAUCGACUCAACCGACAGAACUUGUAGCCGCGGAAGCUAAACCUGCAGCGAGCGAACCAGCAAAACCAAGUGUUCAAGCUGAUGUCGCUCCAGCCGAUUCCAACAAGCCAUCGACUCAACCAACAGAAGUUGUAACGGCGGAAGCCAAACCUGAUGCACCACCUCAAGAGGUUCCUAAAACACCAGGUGUCAUCGAGGCCACUCCACCAGCGACACCCGAAGCCGCCACAGAGAAAAAAUCAAAAACUGAUGCCACUUCAGAAAAUGCUGGUACCGUAUGCAAAAAUAUUACUGAAGCUACUCAAGUUCCAUGUGCUUUGUCAGCCGCUACACAGAACUUGAAGAUUGAGGCGGAUAUUCUGGACACUCCUCCAGUUACAAGUAGCGGCGACGACAAUAAGAAACAAUUACCAAAUGUAGAAACUAUUUCAACCCAGCCAGAGAAGCAGGAAAUAGAUCAAGCUCUUCAUAAAAAAUCAGAAACGGAACCAAAAAGUGAAAUAAACACCCAAACCAUUCAAGGCACAUUAGACGCUUCUGAUGAACCAAAAAAAAUUCAAGAAACAAUUCAUGAGGAAAAGAGCGUUGAUAAAACUAUUGCUCCUGGUAAAACAACAGAAGUAAUAUCAGAAAACUCCAAAGCUUCUGUUCCAAAACCACCUCAAGUCUCUGUUGUGGAAAAUGUUUCUAAACCGACCGAGAUUACGCCAGAAGCAACAACAAAACCUAUAGAAAGUAAACAAAAUACCGAAAAAAUGACAGGUGUUGUAUUAGAACCGGAAGUUAAACUUGCAAAAUCAGAUGCUUGUGUAGAACCCACCACAACACCUGCAAAACAAGAAGGUUCAGCUGCGUCACAUCCAUCUACUAAAGACACUGCAAAUCAAGAAAAAUCUGCUGACGCUUGUGUCAAAUCAGAAACAUGUCCUAAAUCUGAAAUUAGUGAUAAAAAAGAUGAAUCUGUAAAAGCCGAGUCUUGCGCAGAAUCGGCGAAACCAGAAAUUAGCACUGAAUCUAAGUCAAGUAAUACACAAGCAAGCACGAAAGCAGAAGUGUGUAAAAAAACGGAAGGUUGUGCAACGCCUGAAGCUUGCACCAAACUUACCACAGAGCAAGCACAUGUAGGAGCAAAACCUACAGAUGUAAAACCAGACGCCUGUUUCGCACCACCGGUAGAUAAAGCCCAAGAUAAAUCGACUGAUAUUAAACCAGAAUCUUGUCCAAAAUCAGUUAUCGAACAACCAAAAAAUGAAGAACAACCCAGUAAAGUUUGUGAAAAAGCGAAUUUGGACCAACCGAAGACUGAAGAAAAGGUUGUUGAUACGAAAGUAGAGAAAGAGGCUUCAAAACCUGAUACUAAACCAGAAGCUGUUUGUGAAAUACCCUCGUCCACACAGCCACAACCACCAUCAGAUACUGUGGCAGAACCAGUCAAGGAAAUCGACUCUACACUAGCUGCCGCCAACGUAACUCAAAAAGAUGAGGUUAAACAACCAAUUACGGAUGAUAAGAACGCUAACAAAACAGAGCCUGCUAAGGACAUCAAAGAAGCUACUGCGUCACAAAAGCCUGCUGGAGCUGCUGGCCAGGCAAAGAAAAAAGGACCUCCAGCAAAAGGACAAGGCGAUAAAAAAGAAGCAGGAGAUGGAGCACAACCUUCUAUGCCUGUUCCUCCACCAAGGAAGAAGGAUCCUAAGAAAGUUGCAGCACCAAAACCAGCUAAGCCUUCAAAAAAGUAAAUUGAACUGAAAAUG